UCAAAGUCUCGCAGAUCAACUCUCCUCUCGCGAGACUUCACACUGCCCAAAAAUUAUGGACGUCGGUGGGAACGGUGGUGGGCUUCCUGUAAACAAUAAACAGAGAGCUAUGAUACCGAACAAAAGCAGGGGUGAAUUUACCCGCAACCCCAGGAAAGAUUCAGAGGGGCUGUCUGAGUCGCCGGACCUCGAGUUUGAAUAUGCUGAUACAGACAAGUGGGCUGCAGAGCUUUCAGAGCUGUACAGUUACACAGAAGGACCAGAGUUUGCUCUCAACAGGAAAUGUUUUGAGGUGGAGUUUAGGACACAUGUUGCGGAGAAGAAGUGGACAGAGCUUGAUGCAGCUGAGCACAGAGCUCACGCCAUGCGCCUGUUGGACGGUCUGGAGGUGAUCGCACGGGAGAAGAGGCUGAAAGCUGCCAGAGCCAUUCUUUACAUGGCUCAAGGAACGUUUGCAGAUUGCAACUCUGAGGCUGAGGUGCAGCACUGGAUGAGAUACAACAUCUUUCUGCUGCUGGAUGUGGGCACCUUCUCUGCUCUGGUGGAACUGCUCAACAUGGAGGUCGAUAACAGCGCUGCCUGCAGCAGUGCUGUCAGAAAACCUGCCAUCUCCCUCGCUGACAGUACGGAUCUCAGAGUGCUGCUUAAUAUAAUGUACCUGAUGGUGGAAACGAUACAACAAGACGACCCAGCUGACAAACCUGAAUGGAAAAUAAUCAGGGAUACAUUCAGAGCAGAGCUGGGCUCUCCUCUGUUCAACAACGAACCCAUUUCCGUCAUGCUUUUCGGUAUGGUCACUAAGUUCUGCAGCGGUCACGCUCCUCACUUCCCAAUGAAGAAGGUGUUAUUGCUGUUGUGGAAGAGUAUACUGUUCACACUCGGAGGGUUUGAGCAGCUCCAGAGCAUAAAGGUUUGUAAGCGUGAGGAGUUGAGUCUCCCUCCUCUCCCGGAGGACAGCAUCCGAGUCAUACGCAGCAUGAGAGCUGCUUCUCCUCCUGCGUCUGCGUCCGACCUCAUAGAGCAGCAGCAGAAGCGGGCGCGCCGUGAACACAAGUCUUUGAUCAAGCAGGACAACCUUGACGCCUUCAAUGAGAAGGAUCCGUACAAGGCGGAUGAUUCCCGCGAGGAUGAGGAUGACAACGACGACAAUGACAACUCGAUAGAGACGGAGACUUUCCCUCUAGAGAGGGACGAGGUGAUGCCUCCGCCUAUUCCUCACCCUCCGUCAGAGAGGGUGUCCUUCCCCAAAGGUCUGCCCUGGGCUCCUAAAGUCAGGGAAAAGGAUAUUGAAAAUUUCCUGGAAUCAAGCAGGAGUAAAUUUAUUGGUUACACGCUUGGAAAUGAUACAGAUACUGUUGUCGGCUUGCCAAGACCAAUUCAUGAGAGCAUAAAGACUUUAAAGCAGCAUAAGUACGUCUCCAUAGCUGAGAUACAGAUUGCUAAGGAGGAGGAGUUUCAGAAAACCCCUCUAUCUGGGGGUGAAGAGGAGGUGGAGAUGUCCUCCACUGAGCUGCUUUAUCAGGGAAUCUUGCCUAGUUUGCCUCAAUAUAUGAUUGCUCUGCUGAAGAUCCUCCUCGCAGCUGCUCCCACUUCCAAAGCCAAGACAGACUCCAUCAACAUCCUGGCAGACGUGCUGCCGGAGGAGAUGCCGACCACAGUGCUGCAAAGCAUGAAACUCGGUGUUGAUGUGAACCGACACAAAGAGAUCAUCGUGAAGGCGAUCUCUGCCAUCCUGCUGCUACUUCUCAAACACUUCAAACUUAACCACAUCUACCAGUUUGAGUACAUGGCUCAGCACCUGGUGUUUGCCAACUGCAUCCCUCUCAUCCUCAAGUUCUUCAACCAGAACAUCAUGUCUUACAUCACAGCUAAAAACAGCAUUUCAGUGCUGGACUUUCCUUACUGCGUGGUGCACGAGCUCCCAGAGUUAACUGCAGAGAGUUUGGAAGCGGGAGACAACAAUCAGUUCUGCUGGAGGAAUCUGUUUUCCUGCAUUAACCUGCUCAGGAUCCUCAACAAACUGACCAAGUGGAAGCAUUCAAGAACAAUGAUGCUCGUGGUGUUCAAGUCCGCUCCCAUCCUGAAGAGGGCGCUGAAGGUUAAGCAGGCCAUGAUGCAGCUUUAUGUCCUCAAGCUGCUCAAAGUGCAGACUAAAUACCUCGGGCGCCAGUGGAGGAAGAGCAACAUGAAGACCAUGUCGGCCAUCUAUCAGAAGGUCCGCCAUCGGUUGAAUGAUGACUGGGCCUACGGAAAUGAUCUGGAUGCUCGACCCUGGGACUUCCAGGCAGAGGAGUGUGCUCUGAGGGCCAAUAUCGAACGCUUCAACAGUCGCCGAUAUGACAAGAAUCACACUAACCCAGACUUCCUGCCUGUGGAUAACUGUCUGCAAAGCGUUCUGGGACAACGGGUGGACCUCCCUGAGGACUUUCAAAUGAACUAUGACCUUUGGCUGGAGCGAGAGGUUUUCUCCAAACCCAUUUCUUGGGAAGAGCUGCUACAGUGAGAACCAACGAUUAACAGUUUGAAUCAAAAAGAGCUGACAGGAUCACAGGUCACAGCAUUAUGUUUCAUGUACUGUAGAGACUCAAGGACAGCCCAGGUGUAUACUUAAAAUCAUCACGUUUUACACUUGAAUCAACGCUCACACAAUAAAUGAACUCCUUUUCCUUAAUAAUGACAGUUUUUACUGAAAUGAUUUUAGAGCUUAAUCUUUUUCCUAUUGUGGACCUGAGCUCGACCUAGCACUACCCUUGCUCUAAGUGCUUCUUACCUGCUACAGAAGGUAGUACGUUUGAUCUUUAAGCACUACAUGACACUCUUCAUUUUAAAGAUGUUUCUUUGGGUUAAAUGGUUUAAAUGAACUGCUUAGACUGAGGUGUGAGCGCUUUGUUGAGAUCAAUCUUGGCACAUUUCAUAUGUUAGCAGGUAUGACAUUCCAGAUACAUCCUCUGGGUUAUAUUAUGGAGAUGUAAGGAGUGGUGGUUUUUAGUCACAAUUUCUGUAUGUAUAAACAAACAAUGCAUUACCUUUUAAAAGUUCUUACCUUAGGGAGUUACACUUCUGUUUACCCAACUCUGUUCUCUCACACUUGACCUGUGUUUUAUUUGCAUUCUGAAUUUCUCUCCUGAGUGCUGCCUACACACCUUUGCUCUGGGACCAUGAAGGCAUCAGGGUGAGUGGACAUCAAAUUAAAGCCUUUUUUUGUUUUUUAAACCGAUAACUGCAAGUUCUUAAUCUUCUUUGUUGCGUACGAAGCUGGAUUCACACUUUUCCCGAAAGCAGACACAUUUAAAUCUCUGGUUUGAGACCUGUUGUCUUUGAGUUUCACUUACCUCAGACUGAACUGAGGGAGGAACUCUUUUUAUUUACAUAACCAUUUUCCUCUGUCUUUUUCUACUUUCUGCUUUUUGUGUUUUAUGAAAGAGGUUGAAGUGCUGAGAAAACAUGUCAAUUGUAAGACUUAUUUAUCAUGCCUUUCUCUGUGUUUUACAUUGACUUAAAUACUGUAAUAAAAUCAGUGUCCAAUA